AUGUCGCCCCCGCACCCCAAAAUUCGCCCCCCCCACGCUCUCGGCCCGCGCCCCCUACCGGCCGGAGCCACCCCUGUUUCCACGGCAACGCCAGGCCCCGCCCCUUCGCGCUGCCAUUGGCCAGAAGUUACAGCGCGCUCUCCCAUUGGCCGCCGCUCCCCGCCCUUCCCCUUAACCAAUCAAACCACGCGGGAGGCCCUGAACCGACCAAUCAGCGAGCGCCGCUUCGAACCGGCGGGCGGGGCGGCCAAUGAGGGCGCGGAGGGGGCGUGGCCGCGCGGCACCUGGCGGGAGCGGGGACAGCCCCGGGGACAGCGGGGACAGCCCCGGGGACAGCCCGGGACACAGCCCGGGACAGAGCGGGGACAGCCCCGGGGACACCGGGGACAGCCCGGGACAGAGCGGGGACACCGCCGGGCACGGCCCGGGCCGGGGCUGCCGCUGCUGCUGCUGCUGCUGGGGGCGCUCGCCGCGCUGGCCGCAGCCCAGGUGACCUCGGAGGACCAGGAAGUGCCGGAGCACAAACCCGUGGAGAUUCGCUGCACCGCGUUCCGCUCCAGCUCCGGCAGCGCCCGCAUCGAGUGGAAAUUCCAGAGGGGCUCGUCCCUGGCUCUGAUCUACUACGGGGGGGAGCUCACGGAGCCGUACCGGGGCCGUGUCCAGUUCUCGCCCACGUCCAUCCGGUUCCAGUCGGUGACGCGCGAGGACAGCGGGAAGUACAUCUGCGAGGUGGUGGGGGAUGGCAGCCAGAUCGCCAAGUCCGAGGUCAACCUCAUCGUCCAGGUGCCCCCGGGGAAGCCGCUGGCACACGUGCCCAGCUCGGCCACGGUGGGCGCGCGGGCGGUGCUGCGCUGCUCCGAGGCGCAGGGCUCGCCGCCGCCGACCUUCCGCUGGUACAAGGAUGGCACCGAGCUGCCCCAGGACCCCAAAUCCAGCCCCGCCUUCCGCAACUCCUCCUACAGCCUGGACCCGCGCACGGGGGAGCUGGUCUUUGAGCCCGUGGGGGGCUGGGACACGGGCGAUUAUCACUGCGAGGCCUCCAACAACGUGGGCACCCCCCAGAAAUCCGACGUGUUCCGCAUGGAAGCCAGCGAGGUGAACGUGGGCGGCAUCGUGGCCGCCGUGGUGCUGCUGCUCCUGGUCCUGGCGCUCGCUGCCUUCGGCGUCUGGUUCGCCUACAGGCGCGGCUACUUCAGCAAAAAAACAGAGUGAGUGACAGCAGAGCCACCUCCUCCUCCUCCUCCUGGGUGACCCCACCCCCCCGGUGUCACCCCGGUGUCAC